ACUCAUCAUUUUAUAAAAGAGACAGAAUCAAUAUUGGAACAAGAAAUUGUUGAUUUGUUAAGAGCAACAAAAGUUAAUAUUCUAUUUGAUGAAGUUAAAGAAAAUGCCAUAACCCUUGAUGAUGUUGGAAUUAAACAGAGAUUAUUAAUUUCUGCAAUGAGAAUUCGCAAUGUAUUUGAUGAUAAAAUUUCUAAGUUAAGCAUCUAUUUGGUUGUUAUUAUACCUACUACUGGUGUGUAUCAUAAUAACUAG